AUGGAUUCUUCCAACUUCAGGUCAUGGAAGAAAUCCAUGGAGAUUGCUCUGGCUGGAAAAAGGAAGCUUGGGUUUGUAACAGGGUCACUGAAGAAAGACCACAAUGAUAAGGUCAAAUCUGAGGCAUGGGAAACUUACAGUAGCAUGAUUAUAUCAUGGAUUCUAGGGUCAGUAUCAGACUCAAUCAAACAAUCUGUUAUGUUUGUUAACAACUUAUCUCAGAUCUGGACUAAGCUUGAAAGGAGAUUCUCUCUCACAAAUGGGUCUAGGAAAUACAAACUUAACAAAGAUUUAUAUGAGACCAAGCAACAAGGAAAGAAUAUCAGUGAAUACUAUACCAGAAUGAAAGCAAUAUGGAAAGAACUGGAAUCUAUCCAUGUUCUUUCUGUAAUCACUGACAUCACUUCUGAGGUGAGUGCUUUCUUAACCAAAACAACAUGUUGCUAUCUUGAACAAGAAGAAUCUCAGAGAUCUCUCUUUAACAACACUAAAGAAGAAUAUGAAUCUUUAGUGAUGUUUAGUAAGGGAUCUGGAUCACCUUCAGGGGGAGUUCCUUCAGGGGGAGGACCACCAGGAGGAGGUGGUUUUGGUAGAGGAUCUGCACCAUUCUCAGGAAAUGGCUGCACAACUUGUGGGAAACCAAGUCACAUGGUAGAACAGUGUUGGACACUUGUUGGGUACCCUAGUUGGGAUCCAAAAUACCAGCAGAAACUUGUUUCAGCAUUUCAGAAAGGAAAAGGGAAGAUAGCCUCUAGGAACAACAAGUGGGGAAACAGGAACAAGGGCAACAAAGUUGCAGCAAAUGUGAGCAGCAAUUAG